CCUACACAUUCAUAGUAGCGGAGAGGUUAUGAAGCUGAGGCAAUGGGUGCCUGUAUGGGUGUGCAUGUGGAUGGCUGGGUUGGGGACCAUAGAAACAGCGCCCAGAAGAGACGGCAUCGAGGCCUCGAUACCAGGAGCCAACUCCCGGCUCUUCGUAGACAGGCCUGACUUCUUUGAUUACCCAGACUCAGACCAAGCUAGUCUUGCUGCUGUGGCCCAGUUUAUUGGAGAGAAACCUGUGACCUUUGUUAGGACAGGUUCUGGCCCUGGGCUCUUCCAGCACAUCCUGCUGGGCGCAUUGGUGGUGGCCUUCUUCCUCUUCCUUUUCCAGUUCUGCAUGCACGUGAGCUUCCAGAAAGGGGCCUAAGGAGCCGGACAGGAGCCCUGGACCCUGCUGUGUGCCACACGUCUACCACGUCUUCUGUUGAGGAUAAAAAAAGACGGUGCCUCCGUCCUUCCUGACUGCACAGUGGCCCUCAAUGUGGCCAUCCACCCCCCACCACCUCCUUCUUCCUUGACUGCCCAGUGACCCUCUUAUGUAUGGCCAUUCACACCUCCCCUUCCUCCCAGGCUGCCCAGUGAUCCUCUGUGUGGCCAUCUACCCCACACCCCCAUCUCCUCCUUCCUCCCUCACUGCUCAGUGGCUCUCUAUAUAAUCAUCCAUCCCCUUACCUCCUCCCUCCCCAGCCCCCAAAAAACUGGACCCAAGGGUCUUGCUGGCGUUCA